UGUUACAUGUGUUUCUUAAUGCAAAGCUCUGUCAUGGUCCCCUUGCCCUUCCCCCCACUGCUCGCGUGCGAAAUGACGAAAAUCCGUCCUCUCUCUCGCCUCACCUUGAUUCUUAGCCCUAACACCUCAGUAUUCUCCACCACAACUCUGAACCCAGUUUCGCUAAACCCUAGAAAUUUGCAGUGCCCUGUUUCAAAGCACUCUAUCUCCCUUCUCUCUCACCCUAACUUCAAUUUUGAAACCAGAAACCAGUCCAUCUAAUUAUCUGUAACCAUGUAAGCAGUAGCAUCUUUACAAUGUACCCUUUAGCUCAUAUCCUGAAAUUUACAAAAUUGGGACCUUUUAGGCUGCAUGUUUACUUAAGUGGCGAGAAAAGGAUCGAGAGUGGAUUGAGAUUCAUUGCUUCGGGAAGUCAGCAGUACUGUAACUAUGCUCUUGAGCAGUUUUCUGAUGACGAGUAUGAGUGCGAGUUCGAAAAUCACAAGGCUUCUUCCUCUGUGGCAAACAUUGAUGAGUGGAAAUGGAAACUCAGUUUACUCUCGCGUAAUCAAGAAGAACAGGAGAUUAUUUCUAGAGAUAAAAGAGACAGACGAGACUAUGAGCAAAUAUCUAACCUUGCCAAAAGGAUGGGCCUUUACAGUGAACAAUAUGGGAAAGUGAUUGUUGCAAGCAAGGUUCCUUUGCCCAAUUAUAGGCCGGACCUUGAUGACAAGAGACCCCAAAGAGAGGUUGUUAUUCCCCUUAGUUUGCAGAGGAGGGUAGAGGGUUUACUCCAAGAACAUCUUGAUAGGAUGGAGUUAAAUUCUGACAAUCUCGGUGACGGUGCAGUCGAGAAAGCACAAGAUAAUCUGAGUGAAGAUGCAUCGCCUGAGCAAAGCCAUGAUCCUUUUCUCGAUGGUUCCAUCAUAGAAAAGGUCCUACAGCGAAAAAGUUUGAGAAUGCGCAAUUUACAGCGAUCUUGGCAGGAAUCACCUGAGGGCCAAAGGAUGCUAUCUUUCCGGAAAUCUCUUCCUGCUUACAAGGAAAAGGAGAGAUUGCUUGCAGGGAUAGCACGAAAUCAGGUCACAGUCAUUUCUGGUGAGACUGGAUGCGGUAAAACCACUCAGCUUCCUCAAUAUAUUUUAGAGUCUGAGAUAGAAUCUGGUCGUGGGGCAUUCUGUAGCAUCAUUUGUACACAACCUCGAAGAAUAUCUGCCAUGGCUGUUGCAGAAAGAGUUGCUACGGAGAGAGGAGAUCAACUAGGAGAAUCUGUUGGUUACAAAGUUCGGUUAGAAGGAAUGAAAGGGAAAAACACGCAUCUGCUUUUUUGUACCAGUGGUAUCUUAUUGAGGAGGUUGCUUUCGGACCGCAAUUUAAAUGGUAUAACACAUGUUUUUGUGGAUGAAAUCCAUGAACGAGGAAUGAACGAAGGAUAUUCUUCCACGCCGCCGAGACCUGAGAUUGAUAUUAAUGAGUGCCACUUUGAAUGCGGAGUUGUUCUCAAACUUUUUUGGUGGAGCUCCAACUGUCCACAUUCCAGUAAAUUACUAUCUGUGUUUGGCUUUGUCUUGGGAUUUACCUAUCCUGUAAGAGUACAUUUCUUAGAAGAUAUUUUAGAGAUCACUGGGUAUAAACUGACAUCAUUUAAUCAAGUGGAUGACUAUGGCCAAGAGAAGUUGUGGAAGACACAGAGACAACUAAUGUCUCGGAAGAGGAAAAAUCAACUUACUGCUCUUGUGGAGGAUGCUCUUUCAAAGGAACGUUUUGAAAAUUAUAGUUCAAGGGCACGCGAUUCUUUGGCUUGUUGGAAUUCUGAUUGUAUAGGAUUCAAUCUCAUUGAGGCUGUUUUGUGCCAUAUAUGUCGAAAAGAAAGACCAGGUGCUGUGUUAGUUUUCAUGACUGGUUGGGAUGAUAUUAGUUGUUUGAGAGAUCAACUUAAGGCACAUCCCCUACUAGGAGAUCCAAACAGAGUUUUAUUAGUUACGUGCCAUGGAUCAAUGGCUACUUCUGAGCAGAAACUCAUCUUUGAAAGGGCUUCACCAAAUAUACGUAAAAUUGUUCUUGCUACAAAUAUGGCAGAGGCAAGCAUAACAGUCAAUGAUAUUGUUUUCGUUGUUGAUUGUGGAAAAGCAAAGGAGACUACUUAUGAUGCUUUAAACAAUACUCCAUGUCUCUUACCCUCUUGGAUAUCACGGGCAUCGGCUAGACAGAGAAGGGGUAGAGCUGGGCGUGUUCAGCCAGGAGAGUGCUACCAUCUAUACCCAAGAUGUGUAUAUGAUGCUUUUGCGGAAUAUCAGCUUCCAGAACUUCUCAGAACUCCUUUGAAUUCUCUUUGCUUGCAAAUAAAAAGUUUGCUACUUGGGACCAUAGGGGAGUUUUUGUCAGCUGCUCUCCAGCCUCCUGAACCUCUUGCUGUCCAAAAUGCUGUUGAAUUUCUGAAAGUAAUUGGUGCAUUAGAUGAGAAGGAGAACCUAACAAAUCUUGGGAGAUAUUUAUCAAUGCUUCCAGUUGAUCCAAAACUUGGGAAGAUGCUCGUCAUGGGUGCUGUAUUUCGAUGCCUCGAUCCCAUUCUCACGGUGGUUUCUGGUUUGAGUGUUAGGGAUCCAUUUCUGCUACCUCAGGACAAGAAAGAUCUAGCAGGGACUGCAAAAUCGAGAUUCUCGGCAAAGGACUACAGUGACCAUAUGGCCCUUGUCCGUGCAUAUGAGGGGUGGAAAGACGCAGAGAGAGAAGGCUCGGCUUAUGAAUAUUGCUGGAGGAAUUUUCUCUCAGCUCAAACAUUCCAGGCUAUCCAUUCUCUUCGAAAGCAAUUCAACCACAUUCUCAAAGAUGCUGGCUUAUUAGAAGGAGACUUGAGCACGUGUAAUCAAUUGAGCCAUGAUCAAUCAUUGGUUCGCUCAAUCAUUUGUUCUGGCCUAUUUCCUGGUAUUGUGUCUGUUGUGCAUAGAGAGAAGUCGAUGUCCUUCAAAACUAUGGAUGAUGGGCAGGUUCUACUGUAUGCGAAUUCAGUAAAUUCCCGCUAUCAUACGAUCCCUUACCCUUGGUUGGUAUUUAGCGAGAAAGUCAAAGUGAACACUGUAUUUAUACGUGAUUCUACUGGUGUCGCGGACUCCGUACUGAUGCUUUUUGGUGGCAAUCUUGUCCGUGGAGCUGCGGCCGGACACUUGAAGAUGUUGGAUGGUUAUAUCGAUUUAUUCCUCGAGCCAAGCCUGGCAGACUGCUAUUUAAAACUCAAGGAGGAGCUUGAAAACCUUAUCCAGCAGAAGCUUGAGGAUCCAAGCGUGGACAUCCACAAAUCAGGCAAAUACUUGAUGCGUGCAAUACAAGAGCUCGUAUCAUCCGAUAAUUGUGAGGGCCGGUUUGUUUUCGGCCGUGAGACCACGAAAAUUAGGGCCCCCGCUGAUGGCCCACGAACCAGAGAUGGUGCAAACCCCAAAAGCUUACUCCAAACCCUACUCAUGAGAGCAGGUCAUAGCCCACCAAGAUACAAGACCAAACACCUCAAAACCAAUGAGUUUAGAGCUCUUGUAGAAUUUAAGGGAAUGCAAUUUGUGGGCAAGCCAAAGAAGAACAAACAACUUGCUGAGAGAGAUGCAGCCAUUGAGGCUUUGGGUUGGCUAACUCAUACAUCUGAUAAAACCAAGAAUGAUGAUGAUGAUGAUGACAAUGAGGAACCCCUUGAUGUCACUGAUAACAUGCUCAAGUUGUUGGGUAAGCGAAGGCGGGCCCGGAGGGGCAAUGGGUGACUGCCACCUGGCAUCUAUUGAUGCACAUUGAAUGACACAUGGCUGUGCACUAUUGGGUGGUGGUCGGCGAGUCAGGUGAUCAUCUGUUUCGUGGACAAUGAUGGGUAUGUGGCAGUUUCUGAUUGUUGACAUUUGGCAAUGGUUACAAUUGACACAUGGAGAUGACUGACACAUGGAGGUGUGCAGUUGGUGAAUCGGGGUGAGAAUGACAGGUGCCAGCAUGUUAUUGGUUGUUGAGAACUGCACAGGACUGAAUGCUUUUAAGCAAGAUCAAGAAUGGCGCUCGAGAAGAUAAAUGCAAUGAGGUAUAUAUUUAUUGAUAAAAUAGGAUAUAAGUGAAAUGUAGUGCCAUUAAAGUUAUUUAUUUAUAGGGCAAAAAAUGAAAUUAUUUUUUACGUUAAUGUUAUGGAUAAAUUAAUUUUCAUUACAGUUGUAGCUUUUAGCUGAUCGUGGCCUUGAUGAUGAAUAGUAGUAGGAUAAAUGUGGGCACAUCUAUCAUUCUGCAGUGAUAUUACAAGAAAUUGUCAAUUUCUCUUUCGACAGUCUCGUCGUUCUCCUAAACCCCCAACAUCUUUGAAAAGAUGAUGGACCCUCCCUUCUUAAGUAUUUUUUGACUGUAAUGUGAAGCCACAUGAAGAACUAAGCUUCCUAAACUACCCCCUUUGUUUAUUUGUUUAUUCAUAUAGAACCAAGUAUGGAGCCUUAUUUUCUAGGUAAGAAGUUUGGGGCACUUCUACAACAUGUUGACAAGCAUGUGACAUUUGAACUAUGAUUUAGACAAGCCCCCGAUCUGGAAAUCCUGGCUCUUGAGAACUUAGUUUAUGGAGACAGUUGAAAAAUGCAUUGUUUGAUAGUUUGUUUUUUGGGGGCUGAUAUUCAGUAGAUGGGGCGGUUAUUCGGUAUAGCACAGGUCUUCUUCAUUUGCCGGAGUUUUGGAAUUUUUCUGCAGCUCAAAACAAUAGUACCCAUGAGUUUCAUCCCUUCUUUUGAGAUCCC